AUGUCGAAUGAGAAUUUCUACCUCCGAUACUACUCAGGUCAUUCUGGGCGGUUUGGACAUGAGUUCCUAGAGUUUGAUCUCCGUACCAUUUCCGAAGGUAGCAGCGCCGCCGUACGAUAUGCAAACAACUCGAACUACCGCAAUGAUUCCCUCAUCCGCAAAGAAAUGUGCGUGAGUGAUGCGAUGGUCGAAGAAGUGAAGCGCAUUAUCAAGGAUAGUGAGAUCCUCAAGGAGGAUGACUCCAAGUGGCCCCAAAAGAAUAAGGACGGACGCCAGGAACUGGAGAUUCGUAUUGGAAAUGAGCACAUCUCCUUCGAGACCGCCAAGAUCGGCUCACUAGUCGAUGUGACCGAAUCCGACGACCCCGAAGGACUUCGAGUCUUUUACUAUCUUGUGCAGGAUCUGAAAGCUCUUGUGUUCUCGCUGAUCUCUCUUCACUUUAAGAUCAAGCCCAUUUAG